AUGGAUCGUGCAGUCCAGACGAGUUGGAGUAACCUACCAAAACUAUCACAAGUGCCGGGAAACUCGGACCAUUCAGGGCUUUUCGAACAAACUCAAUCGCCGGUUGUGCAUGACGAAAUCGUGCACUCCGUCAGAUCGGACAGCGUGAUCCGCAACACAGUGUUACCGUCCGAAGUCAAUGAAGCUGUCAGUGGUAGAGCGGAACAAGUUUUCAUUAGAAGCCCUGACAGGAAACCAAAGCCAGAAAUUGAAAGCCAUUCGCUUGUACCUGUUCCAAUCAAUACUGGCUCUGUAAACGCAGACGCAAACGACGGACAUCAGUUCCCAGUAGCUAAACCUAUG